UUGACCACAAUUCGGAAACGUUGGAUACCUCUCGUUCAAAAUGCAGAAAUCUGUCAUCGCUAGUGUCGUCGUUGCGGUUGCCCUGUUCGGAGUAAUCCACGCGUCCGAUUUGAUUCUGGGAACCAUCAAUUCUGGUGACAGAGUGCUACAUUCCCAAGGGUAUAUGGCUCCUGGUGCAGUAAAUCAAACCGUGAGUCGUCUUAUUGCCUACAACGGCACCGCGAACAUAACGGCAAUUCGAGCGUACGAUCGAUCGGUGAAUAGGACUGGCAUCGCAACCUUACAAAGCGGAGGACUCGGUCAAAGGAAUGCAACCAUCUUUGUGGCUGGAUACCGGCACGGAAUAGGAUACGACUAUCUGGUGGAGAUCUACGGGCGAUAGGCAGUGAUGUUUUGGUUUCAAUUAAAGUGACACUGCUAUCUUUGGGGAACAAUCGAUAUCGUUAUGAAUUAUGUAAUGAUAUACAGAAGGCGGUGAUAAAAAUUUGAGAUAAAAACAUGAUAGUAACAA